UACCUGAAAAAUAUGAGCCAAGCUAGCUUAAGCUACUUCCUCCCCCCUUUCCCCUUUCUCUAUCUCUUCUUCGAGUCUUGUCCUUCUCGGUCUCUCUCUUCCCCUCUCUCCCCGCAACUGUAUCACGUUUUUGAAAAUGAAGUACACACAACUCGUCAAAAAAGGAUAUAACAACACUUAACUAACACAGUAAAUGCGGGCGUCCUCUACCGUUUUCCUUUCCUUCUCUCUCUCUCUCGAUCAAUCACAAUCAUUUCGUGUCUUUUCCUUUCCCCUCUCUCUAUCUUCUUCUUUUCCCACACCAUUGCCCAAUCCUUGACCGUUCUGUAAUUUCCACGUACUACUCUUCUGAUUCGCCACUCUCUCUUAUUCUCUCUUUUGUUUUAUUCACCGUUUGAUUCCUCAGAUCUGAUUUCCACUUUCAAACUCUUAGGUUUUUAGCUUCUAGCUUUUUUUAACUAUUAUAUUAUAUUAUUAGGGUUUCUCGUUGGCCACCCAAGCUUGUUCUAUAUAAAACGGUGGCGUUUUUGGAUGUGAGACUGAGAGAGAGUGAGAAAAAUGGAGGCGAGAAUGAAGAAGUACAGGAGAGAAGUGAGUCCGGAGAGGUCAAAAGUUUGGACGGAAAAGUCGCCGAAGUACCAACAGAAUCCCCGGAAUGUCAAAGUCGCCGUCGUUUACUAUCUCUGCCGUAACCGCCAGCUCGAACACCCUCAUUUCAUGGAAGUUCCUCUCUCUUCCUCCGAUGGACUUUUCUUGAGAGAUGUUAUUGAUAGGCUUAACGUUCUGAGAGGAAGAGGCAUGGCUUCUAUGUAUUCUUGGUCUUGUAAGAGAAGCUACAAAAAUGGAUUUGUGUGGCAUGAUCUUAGCGAAAAUGAUCGGAUUCUUCCGGCUCACGGGAAUGAAUAUGUUCUCAAAGGCUCUGAGCUCUUCGAUGAAUCUAACUCUGAGCGAUUUAGUCCCAUUGCAAAUAUAAAAAUGCAGAGUUUGAAACAAUUACCGGAGCCCGUUUCGUCUAGAAGUCAUGAUGACUCGUCUUCUUCUUCUAGUAUGAACGGGAAGGAGAUAAAACAUUCCCAAGAGGAUGAGCUGUCUCCUCCGGUUCAAUUACCCGAUUCGACUUGUGUGUCUCCGGAGUCUAGAGUUGGAAAGAAUUCUUCGUGGGGUGGUUCUUUGAGCUUGACGGAGUAUAAGGUUUAUCAGGGUGAUGGUUUGGCUGAUGCAGCCACGCAGACUGAGGACAAUGUAAGCAGAAGUAAGGUCAAAGAGACUUGUACAAGAGGUGUUUCAACUGAUGAUGGGUCGUUAGAACCUGAAUGUAGUGAUGUUUAUCGAAAUCAGGUUUCACGUGCAAAAGAGAAUUCUGAGAUCUGUAGGGAAUCGUUUUCACCUCCUCCAUCUACCUCUAGCGCGUCUUCGUCUGGGGGCAAGACGGAAACUUUAGAAUCAUUGAUUAGAGCUGAUGUUAGUAAAAUCAACAGUUUUAGGAUUCUUGAAGAGGAAGAUAUAAGAAUGCCAGCCAAUGCAAGGCUAAAGGCUACAAAUGUGUUCAUGCAGUUGAUCUCAUGCGGGUCAGUAUCAGUGAAGGACCACAGUUUUGGCUUGAUUCCAACCUAUAAGCCCAGGUUUUCCCAUUCAAAAUUUCCCUCCCCCUUGUUCUCUACUUCAUUAGUGUUGGGGGAGCUAGAUUGCUUGUCAGAGAAUCCAAGGCUGAUGGGCAUUAGGUUGGAAGACAAAGAAUAUUUUAGCGGGAGCUUGAUUGAGACCAAAAUGCUUAAGGAAGAAGGAGAAGGAGUUAAUUCUCUGAAACGCUCUUCUUCUUGUAAUGCUGACAGGAUAUAUAAGCAAUUGGAUCCGAUUGAGCACAAAGAGGAGUCAACCUCAGGACGUUCCAAAUGUAUCCCACGAUCAAUUAAGACUUCAUUGAGCAAGCAGCCACGAAGUGAAUCUAUGAAGUCACCUGUUUCAGAUAGACCAAGAAACUCUUCGGACGGAGCUGACAGCUCACAAACCGUAGCUCCCAUUGUAUCCAACGGUGGUAGUAAGAGAAUUACAGAGCCUUCCUCGGGGAGAAAGCAAUCAAAGAGGCUAGAUUCCUUUAGAGAAGAGGAGAAAGUGAUCAAAAUCGAAGAAAGCUUGCUUCAGGAGCUCGGGUUAUAAUCGAAUCCAAAGCACCUUGUGAAACCACUGUUGGCAGCUCAUAAAAAAAAAUGGAUUCCUUUUUCUUUUUGAUUUGAGAAAGGUUGUCCUCCACUCUGUAAAACUCUACGGGUUUUCAGGUUUGGUUUGAAUUUGAAAUGAUGGUAGAUAUGUUGUCGGGGUCCACUUAAUGAUUCUGUAAAAUCUGGAAAGUAAAAAAGAGUAGUAGCAAAUCACUCAUUUGCAAAGGGAGCUGUGGCACUGGGUAGUGCAGGUAUGGUCCUAGUGGACCAACUCCUCGGAUUUUUUGAGCUGGUUUCUGGACCAGCUUUCUUAAAUGGGAUUGUUUCUUUCUUCUUU